CGCGGGGAGGGGGCGGGAGGAGAGAGGCGGCUCGGCUCUGGCUCUGCUCAGCUCCGCUCUGCCUCAGGCUCUGCGCUCACCUACUGCCCAAGGCUCCCUUCCGCUCCUGCCCCAGGAACCCCGGGUGGGCCCUAGACCCCUCCUGGUCCCCAGACUCUCUACCCCAGUCGGGACUCUCCUGGCCCCCAGCCCCUCCGUGUGCUACGCCACCAGGGGGCGCCGUGUGAGCGCCCUAUCCUGGCCACCCGGCGCCCCCUCCCAAGGCCCAGGCGGGACGGGAGGGGGUCGCCGGGGGCCAUGCGGGGCCAGGGUCGCAAAGAGAGUUUGUCCGAUUCCCGAGACCUGGACGGAUCCUAUGACCAGCUCACCGGCCACCCUCCAGGGCCCACUAAAAAAGCGCUGAAGCAGCGGUUCCUCAAGCUGCUGCCUUGCUGCGGGCCCCAAGCCCUGCCCUCAGUCAGUGAAACAUUAGCCGCCCCAGCCUCCCUACGCCCCCACAGACCCCGCCCGCUGGAUCCAGACAGCGUGGAGGAUGAGUUUGAACUGUCCACCGUGUGUCACCGGCCCGAGGGUCUGGAGCAGCUGCAGGAGCAAACCAAGUUCACUCGCAAAGAGUUGCAGGUCCUGUACCGGGGCUUCAAGAACGAAUGUCCCAGUGGAAUUGUCAAUGAGGAGAACUUCAAGCAGAUCUACUCUCAGUUCUUCCCUCAAGGAGACUCCAGCACAUACGCCACUUUUCUCUUCAAUGCCUUUGACACCAACCACGACGGCUCCGUCAGCUUUGAGGACUUUGUGGCUGGUUUGUCCGUGAUCCUUCGAGGAACCAUAGAUGACAGGCUGAACUGGGCAUUCAACCUGUAUGACCUCAACAAGGACGGCUGCAUCACCAAGGAGGAAAUGCUAGAUAUUAUGAAGUCCAUCUAUGACAUGAUGGGCAAGUAUACGUAUCCUGCACUCCGGGAGGAGGCCCCGAGGGAACACGUGGAGAGCUUCUUCCAGAAGAUGGACAGGAACAAGGAUGGGGUGGUGACCAUCGAGGAAUUCAUUGAGUCUUGUCAAAAGGAUGAGAACAUCAUGAGGUCCAUGCAGCUCUUUGACAACGUCAUCUAGCUCCCCGGCAUGGGGGGGUCGGGUGUCCGCCGACCAUGCUCUAGUCCUAGUCCACUUGGACCGCACCCUUCUCUCCCCGGGUCUGUCCUCAUCCCAGCCCUGCCCAAGGUCUGUAGGAAUCCAAGAGCCUUGGAUUUAGUGGAGCCAGAGGGGCCAGGGAGUGGGCAGAGUGCAUCUGCUGGGUGUUCCCAACUCCCAACAGCUCCCACCCCCUUCCUGCCUGACAUUCAGUGCUGAGGGUGCCCCUGCUAUAGGAAUGAAGUGGUUCUCCACCGCCCACCCCACUCUAGAAACUGCAACACUAGACAGAAUUUCUCCUGCUAUGGUGCUUUUCCCAUCCCGGAUCUCAUAAACAUUUUCCAUAAGACUCCCUUCUCAGAGAAGCCGCUCUGUCCUUGGCAUGGAUUGGCCUUUCAGAACAGGGCCUGUGAGAGCUCUGUAGGAGGGGACAAGGAUGUAAAGGCAGAAAUUUGGGGCUUGAGCCAGUGGUUAGGUCCUAGGAGGUAGCUGGAGUGCAGAGUAGGAAGGCCUAGGGGUUGUCAGUGAGAGCUAAGGCAUGCCCGCUGUCCCUCUGAGCUCCAUGGGUCUGCCGCCAAGCUAUAAAAAUAUGAAUUUCUAGGCUCUUCAGAAGACCUUUUCUCCUUGGAAACACCCCACAAAUUUUCCGUGCUCAGUAUCCCAGAAAAGCCUGGGAUCCUGAUGUCUGUCUCCUCCCCAGAUUUUCUUCCUCUCCUUCCUUCCUGUUUGUAUGGUAGUGGUGGCCGGAGGGGAAUAUGGGCGGGAGAUGUCCUGGCUGAUACCUCCCAAAGGUUCAGCCCACGAGCAUGGAGUGAGUCGGGGACCAUCUAGUGAAUGCGCUAGAAGAAAAGGGAAGGAGGGGGGCUGGCAUAGCAUCUGAACCAGUGUGGGGACAUUCACUAAAAUCUUUGAUCUACCCAGGCUUUAUCCAACCCCCCCAAAUAGCCUCCUCAUUCCCACCUAGGGUCUCCUCUUACUAUUCAAUCUACCCAGAGAUGCCCUGAACAUACCUAGAAAGCAGGAACCAGAGGAUCCAAGCCCUGCGUCAUCAGCAGCACCCCUGCCAUGCUGUCACUCCUUAAUAGACCUGCUUGUUCCAUUAGCCAGGACCUGAGGGGAAGGGCCCCCAGAGAGCUGCCUUUCCCGUCAGAACACUGUCGACUGCUUUGCAUUUUUGGCUCCUCUGUAUAUUUUGUAAAAUAAAAAAAUACACCAGAUCCAAUAAAACACAAUGGCUAUGCAUAGG